CCACCAUCGCAUCCACCCGUCUCUGCCUCCUCCCUAUCCACCCUUCAAUUGUCCCAUUCUCUGGGUUCCACUCCAACACGCUCGACGCCUCUUUUCUUCUCCACGCGAGCGACAUGAUGGCCAAUUAAGCCUCCCUUGCGGCCUGGACGGGUUUGAGCAUCGCAGCCCUGGCCCUGCAUAUCCAGGUUCAACUUCGCUCACCCAAACGCUUUGAUCCCCCUCCAUCGCUCCCUAUCGCGGCCAUCUAUAUUCUCAUUCGUUCAUUAUCGUGCCUGGUUCCUGACUUCUGAUUCUACACCAUCCUGCUCAGCAUCCUUCCUCGCUCUACCGUUCGCCCUCGACGACUCUCUUGUCUCCUUCCUCCUCCUCCAACCGCCGUCGACCCUGCGCUUCCCGUUCUUCCUCUGCAAUUGUCGCGCCGGCGCCGGAACGAGCUCUCGACUCCCGAAAACAAACGCCUGCCCUGCCAGUCACACCGCACUCUACGACCAAGACUUUGCCCACGACACUCUCUCCUUCUUCAGGCACAACCCCACCAGUUCCCUGAGAAAACAAGACCCGUGUCUUACCGCGAUCGCAAUCAGAUUCAUCUGUAAUAUCCUGCGGGUGGAACCUCUGCUGUGUUUGAUCGACUUCAGUCCCGGGAGAGGGAGAAAAGUAACUAUACUGCUACCGCGCUGGUCGCAUUGGGCCAGGACAACCCUGUUCAGAUCAACACCGAUAAUCUUGCAAGAUAUUACCUUGACACCUGGCUUUCAAUUCAGCCUGCUUAACAAAUUCGGAAGGGAAGUAUUGUGCGUCGCUGCGGCCCAUUCUGAAACACAACCAACAUCACAAACCCCCGAGGCUUACAUUGUUUGCUCUGCUUCCUCUCCUCUGCAACAUAUGAGUAGAUGAGCUCCUCACUGCGUUCAGACGUCCCCCGACGUGUAAGCAGCGCAAAGGAACGCACAAAAUCGCAUCGCAGCUCAGGCUCACACCGGAGCAAAACAGGCGACAUGUCGGUCGCAACCAUGCUCCAACCCGCCUCACGAGGCUCGACCUCGACCAAUUCAUCCUUUGAGCCUGUCAGCCGCCAGAACACUUACUCCAGCCAUGACGGUGCCCGCUCGCUGCGCCAAAGCAAGCGCGUUAGCAUGACCGCGCUGUAUGCUAGCAUGAGCGCAAAAGAUAAGGACUUGGAGAUUAGUGAUGAUUUGGCUAGGGCACAACGUACCCUGAGGGACCUCAAGGCGAAGAUCUCCACCCAGUCAAAGAAGAACUUCGUUCUUGAGAAGGACGUUCGGUACCUCGACUCCAGGAUUGCGCUACUGAUCCAAAACCGUAUGGCCUUGGAAGAGCAAAAUGAAGUUGCAAGCCAUCUCGACGACGCCGACGACCUACAAGAGGGCACAUUUCCCAAUGACGAAAAGACGCAACGCUACGGCAACCUCUUCUUCAUGUUACAAUCAGAACCCAAGCACAUUGCUCACUUGUGCCGCCUGGUGACCAUGGCCGAGAUCGACUCCCUCUUGCAGACAGUCAUGUUCACAAUUUACGGAAACCAAUAUGAGAGUCGAGAAGAACAUCUCCUCUUGACCAUGUUUCAAUCCGUUUUGACACAUCAGUUCGAAACUACACCGGAGUACUCGUCCCUCCUGCGCCAGAAUACACCAGUAUCCAGGAUGAUGACCACCUAUACUCGACGUGGGCCCGGUCAGAGUUUCUUGAAAGAGGUGCUUGCCGACAAGAUCAAUUCCUUGACCGAGUUGAGCGAUGUCGACCUCGAAAUCAACCCUCUGAAGGUCUACGAAGCUAUGGUGAAGCAGAUCGAGGAAGAUAAUAAUGGCGUUCUUCCAGAUGAUCUGCCCAGGUCGGUGACGGCCGAGUUUGCAGCCGAGAAUGCUCAGGUGCAAGCUAUUAUUGCGCCACGACUGAAGAUGCUGACCGAGAUUGCGGAAGGAUUUUUGUCGGCCAUCAUCGACUGUUUGGAAGACACUCCGUAUGGUAUUCGAUGGAUCUGCAAACAAAUUCGAAAUCUUUCACGACGCAAAUAUCCGGAUGCUCAGGACCAGGCGAUUUGCACUCUCAUCGGAGGAUUCUUCUUUCUCCGCUUCAUCAAUCCUGCCAUUGUCACUCCCAAAUCCUAUAUGCUGAUCGAAAGGGUGCCUGACGAGAAACCCAAGCGCACGCUGACCUACAUUGCCAAAAUGCUUCAGAACCUGGCCAACAAACCAACGUACGCUAAAGAGCCGUACAUGGCCAAGCUGCAGCCGUUCAUCCAAGGGAACAAAGAUCGGUGCAACAAGUUCAUGCUCGACCUGUGUGAAGUUCAAGACUUUUAUGAGAGUUUGGAAAUGGACAACUAUGUUGCGCUGUCCAAGCGUGACCUCGAACUCAACAUUACUUUGAACGAGGUCUACGCUACACACGCCCUGCUCGAGAAGCACAACACAGAGUUGGCCAAAGACCCAUCAUCCCACCUGGGUGUUUUGCUCCAAGACUUGGGUCCAGCUCCCGCACAAGUCCCUCGAAAAGAAAAUCGAGCCAUCGCACUUCCUUUGUACAGCCGGUGGGAGACAUCGUUCGAGGACUUUACGCAUGCCCUGGAUAUCACGCAAGAAGAGAUCUUUUUCAUGGAAGCCAAAAGCACAUUUGUACAGAUCAUGCGAAGUAUUCCCCAAGCCACUGCGGUCAUGCGACGACCUCUGCGUCUUGACCGUGUCGCCGAGGCCGCAGGGACACUGAAGAACGAUGCAGUCAUGGUGCGUAAGGGCAUCAGAUGCAUGGAGCUCCUGACGCAGCUGGCGGAGAUGGGCGUCAUCGACCGUGCAGAUGACUAUGCCAUACUCCGUGAUGAAGUCGAUCAAGAACUCGCUCAUCUUGGGUCGCUGAAAGAGAAGGUCCUCGAGGAAACAGCCAAGCUGGAGGAUGUUUUCAAGACCAUUCGUGACCACAAUUCUUACCUGCUGUCGCAACUGGACACAUACAAGAACUACCUUCACAAUGUCCGAAGUCAAUCCGAGGGCAUCAGAAGGGGCAAGGCAGAGAAGGUCCGAGAGCUUGGACCGUACAAGUUUACUCAUACCCAGCUGGAAAAGGACGGUGUUAUUACAAGAAGCAACGUUCCGGAGAACCGUCGAGGCAAUAUCUUCUUCAUGUUCCGCAGUCCUCUAGCAGGCACUUUUGUUAUUAGCCUGCACUACAAAGGGCGAGCACGGGGUCUGCUGGAGCUGGAUUUGAAAUUGGACGACUUGCUCGAAAUGCAAAAGGAUGGACAAGACGAUCUGGACCUCGAAUACGUCCAGUUUGACGUGUCCAAAGUCUUGGCUCUUCUCAACAAGCGAUUUGCGAGAAAGAAGUAAAAGCCAAGUUAGCGACGAGAGAUUUCCAGUCCAAGAGUACACGUUUCGAUUCCCACAGCACGACCAGCAGGCACAGCUGAGAUUUCCACGACGACCACGAUGCGAAGACGAGACAAAAGCAUUUCGGCCUUGACGAAGUUGCCUGGACUCACCUGGAAGACGGUUGCCUCUUCUCCACCACUGUUUUAAUACCACCCUUUUUUCCCCUUUGGUUUAUUGUACCAUCUCAGCGACCAUGCAGCAGAGACCAGCGACUUGGAAGCGCAAUUGCUUUGACAGAGAAAGAGCAGGAUGCCGUGGAUGGAGUUAAUCUGAUGGACAUUGAAGCCUGGAGUGGGCCUUUUGAACGAGCAAUUGAACUUGAAGAUGAAUUGGCAUGGCAUGUCAUGGCAUGGAAAGGAUACCACUGUAUUAUAUGUUUUGGCGCGUUUUUAUAUAUUGGUUGAUGGGAUUCGCACCAUUUAUUCUGUAAUAUCACGAGCCCAAGGUGAUUUUUCUCCCAA